CCUCAUCCCAUAUCUCGACCCACGACUACGAGACUCGGGCAAAUUGGGACCAUCUUUGCGUGCUCGUCCCCGGCACCUUAUUGGAAGUCGCCAGCGCCUCUGGCAGUGCUCUUGGCGGGCCGACCUGUGUGUCUAUCUUAAACGCUGGAUCAGCUCCAAAGCGCAUGCAGGCGCGACUCACAACAAGCAUUGCAACAUUCUUUUGCUAUGUCGACCUCCUUUGCCGUACAAGGAUGCAGCAGCGCUCUCUGGAAUUUGCUUACUCCAAGCUUGCAUACUACCGCCUGGCACUGUUCAGCCAACCUUGCACCUGUCUCGAGGGCGCAGGUCGCCCAGGGCUCGAGAAGCGUACAUCCAGGUUGCCCUGCGCGAGCCUUUCACGCCUCUCCAGACAGAGCCAAAGCCGAAGAUGACAAAGGCAUGAGAAAAUCAGCAAGUCUUCUUGGCGGAAGUGGGGAUGAUCGGUCAAAGUCGCAAAUAGAACGUGCUAUCCGGCUAAAGGCCAUCGAGCGCAGACGACCGCUGAGGAGUCGACCUCCUUCUUCCCAAGAUAGGAGCACCGAGAAGGACAGAAGAAACGGAAGGGCCUUUCGCGACCAACUGAUGGAGCUGGUGCGUGCGGCACAAAGUGAUGCAGAAGGAAGCUAUCGAAGAGGACUGGAGAUGUGGGAGCAACGCCCGAAGCUUGGACCUAAGGAUGAAAUCCAAGCGUACAAUCGGAUGAUAGCGCUCGCAUCGCAAGCAUCAAAGCCCUCGAAAGCCCUGGAUUUAAUUGAGCAGCUGAAGAAAGCCGGUCACGCUCCUGACGCGAUCACGUAUUCCGCGCUCUUUGCAGGUCCUCUUGCGGAACGCACGGGCAAGCAUGCCACGUUGUGGCGCGCUUCCGACGGCACGAGGACAAGGAUGCAGCAGAGACUGCACGACCACUUUACCGACUUGCUCGCUCUCGCCAAGAGGCUGGGUGCUGGAGGAACGGCCUCUAUUUCUCCCAAGCCGCAGCUUCGAGGCGCGUCAACCCACACUCCUGCGCCGAGCCCAAAUGCCGAGAGUUCGUCGAGCGAGAAUUUACGGCACUUCACGAAGAGCACCAGGGCCAUCUGCAAUUAUCUCUGGAUGCUCGAAGCAGCUGAUGAGAUGGAAGAGGGGCCGAAGGUGUAUGCGAAUCUCUCGGCUUCGAUUCCCGUACCGCCUAGGAUUUUUCGCCAAUCGCUAUUGCAUCGCAGGGUCCAGUUUGAAGAUGGAACGGUGCCCUUGGCUUUAGCGCACGUUCUGUGUGAAGCGUGGUCGAAUCUCCGUGCGCAAUGGGAGUCAAAUUACGAGCUCCUCAGGCGAGGCAAGGCGUCUUGGUGGGCUGUCGGAGACGAAAAGGAGUGGUACCAUCUUAGCGUGAUUGUUUACCAGCUGCUGAGAGUGGCAUCUAGCAAUGCUUUCAUGAGCAUGACAGAAAGUCAGCCGCUUCUGAAGUCCUUCGCGCUUUCGAUCGUGGAAUUCCUUGCAAAGCUCCAAGAUUUUGACUUGAAGCACCAAGGCCAGAUGCAAAGUAUUGAUUCGUCAAGUAGAGCAAAGGGGCUUCAUCUCGCUGGAACUCGUGAUACUGAAAAGCCUUCUGACAGCACAGGGAGCAGCUUUGUGGAUGCCCAAUGGGUGGACGACGGAAACGGAAAAAUCAUCUUCCGCAUGUGCGUCGAGCACGGAGCCGUGGAGCUUCUCAGCAGUCUGUUGAGCAACCUGUCAGCCGACUCGGCUGCUAAGGUGGAUUGGCCCUCUGAUGACGCCAUCAGCGUCUUCCUGCAUCUCUGCCAUUCCGAGGGAAAAGCUGAGGCUGCUCAGACACUCAUCCACCUGCUUCGUCGGAUUGUCGCGGUUUCUCGCGAUACAAUGCACCUUCGGCAGCCGUCAUCUGAGGAUGCUCGCAGACCGGCGAUCCCCAAGGCGCCUUCUUUGGUCAAGCACAUCGCCCUACUCUACCGCAUCCACAUGACUAAUAUCUACGCCUCUGCCGCACGCAGCACGGCGGCGGCCGAAAUUGCCAUUACCAAGUCCAUUGAGCUUUUCAAAAGCGACCUCGACCUUGAUCUCUCCAAAGGAUCGGGCUACGGGACAGAUGCUCAUCGGUUGCGAGUUCAAGGGGCCGUGGUCGCCUUGAUGCGCGCAAGAAUACACGUCGCCGGCAACGCCAAACUCAUUUUCGGAGUGACGCCUCAGUCCGAGGAAGAGGCCAAUUCACUCGCUGCUCAGCUCAUUUUGCGCGUCAUACAUGACAAGCUCAUCCCUCUCGAGAGUCCGGAUCUGAUUCCAGAUGCUACCUUCAUACCACGCAAAAGACGGAAGGUCUCUUCCCCAGAUGACACGCUUCUAGACGUUGUCGGGCUUGACGAGCGCACAAGGUCGCCCGAUCAAAUCAUUCACGACGCUGUGCAGUCACUGAAGGAGCUCACUUCCAUGGCAAUCUCCAGCAAUGGAGGAGCGUCACUAGACGAAUUGGCGCUCUGGCAGCGGGUGCUUGUGCGAGCGCAAGCCGCUCUCGACCGCGUACAUAGAAGUCCUUCAGACAAGCGCGCUGAGGGCAAGCCUCUGAAUGAGGGCCCAAGGCGGCCUCGCGACACCAAGAAUAGAGCAUUCGAGCAUAACGGCAAACUCUUUGGCAAACCUCGGCGUGACGCGAAGGAAGGCCUUCAACUGACAAAGGAGGAUCUCAAAGAGCUCGAGAUGUAACCUUACAAGACCCGUUCCCACCCCUUGCACCGCCUGUGUCACCCAUAUUCUUUGCUGCAUCGCGCUGCGAUUGCGACGAUCAGAAGCUUGCGACU